AUGACCGACAUGAACGUCGAAACAAAUGAACAAAACGAAAUUAUGAACGCAUUGCUGCAGCUGCAGCAACAGCUGCAGCACAUGCAGACGCGGCAGCAGGAGAGGGAUAGGGAGGUUGCGGCGCUACAGCAACAGCUGCAGCAACAGCAAAUGCUGCAGCAGCAACAACCGCCGCAGCAGCAACAAACGCCGCAACAACAACCGCAGCACCAGCAACCGCCGCAGCACCCGGACGAAACUGAGGCGGAUGUGAAGCCGCGGCGAAAGAGAGGAACGGCUGCUGGCGUUACACGCCGCCAAAAUCGCGGGAGAUGGCCGCGGGGCGGGAGGGGUGGCGGCAGAGGUUACCGUCGCCUGAACUAG